AGUGAUAAAGAUUGUUUAGUUGUGCUUGAUGAUGUUUGGAGUGUUGACGACGUUGCUGUGUUUGAUCACCUUUCUGGGAAAUGCCAAUUAUUAAUAACUACUAGAGAUGCUAAAGUUGUUCGUAGCUCAAAAGGUUUUGUGUACGAACUCCAAUUUAUGGCUCAGGAUAAAUCCCGAGCGCUCUUGUAUCAAAGUGCCGGGGUCGAACCAGACGAACUGUCUACGUUUAGUCCAGAAAUGCACCAGAUUGUCAAAGAACUGUUAAAGCAGUGCCGAGGAUUACCGCUGGCUCUGUCGCUAGUGGGCUCAAAUUUAAUCGACACUCGCUUACAACAAGACUGGCAAGAUGUAUUGGGGUACUUUCAAAAUGCUGGCUUGGAACAAUUACAUUCACAGUUUCCCACUGUGACGUAUCCUUACGAUAACAUCUUAGCAGCCAUUGAUGCUAGCUUUCAACGUUUGGAGAAAAACGAACGAGAGAAAUUCCUUGAUUUUGGUAUAUUCCCAGAAGAUAUAAAUGUAGCGUCAGAUAUCCUCGAGCUGUUUUGGUCUUCGAAAGAAGCCGGGAGAACAUCGUGCAGCCCUCAAGAAGGGAGAUGUAUACUUAAGGCACUUGAGAGGAAAUCACUGAUUCAAAAAGGUCAGUACAUGGGGGUGGGUGUACAUAACGAAAUGGCAAGUGUAUUCUUUAAAGGUCCCUGUAUAUAUGAAAUGCGGGAUGAGAUGUUUGCCAGGGUGCGACGAUGAUUGGGAUUCCGCCAUGUGUAUAGUUCCCUCAUAUUUAUUGCAUUCUUUUUACAUGGAAGCGAGACGCUUUUCGUUCCGUCCCGGCAAGGUGAAAUCCCGGUUUAACAAUCGGGAUCCUGCUUGGGACGGGACGUUUUCACCAUAAAAAUGCUCCAUUCCGCAACCGGGAAAAUGUUAAUUUCUAUAUAGUGACAUUUAUUGCAGGUUUUCGGCCACUGAGUUUCCUGGUUCGUGUUUUUCGUCAGUAUGAGGUAAAAUACGUGUACCCUGUAUCACGUAAAUUGUGAAAGCGUAAUGUUUUAUUAACAUUUCAAGACUGCUUUUGAAGGUUGUCACCGAUCGAUUAAAACUAAAUUCAAACUUGUAGUUAAAAUUUCACAUUCACUCGAGAAAUUAUUUGUCAUUCGGUAAGAUAGAUUUAACAUUUUCCAAAUAAACCAAAUGCUAGUUUAUUUCAGGUUUGUGGUUUUCAUUAGGACAAAAAUACUGUAUUUUUAGUAGCGUACUUUCCAAAUUUAGAACUGCAUUUUUUUUAACCGUUGUCCCGAUUAAUACAAGUGACGAUCUGUCCAUCUGACGGGCACACAUUGCUUAGUAGACGAGACCAAUGGACCAGACCAAGUAGCCAAAAUAGCGUGAUCGAUACUGGAAAUGGUUUCCGGAAUAAAUUGGAAUAUUUGAAAUAUUUUUCGAAAUAAAUAGUUGCUGCCAAGCAAGCAGACUUUUCUUGGCACUGACAACGUUUCUCCCAAUCUUGUACCCAGAGAAAUCAUCGUUGACUCUGGGUACCAGAUAGCGUUUCUCCAGAGUUCACUAGGCCCAGUCUUUCGCGCGAUCUAUAUAUUGCUUAUUGCAUCUACUAUUUCUAUGAUAUAUUAUCGCAAUGUUGAUUUAGCGUCCAUUAGCUAGAUACCCGUAUGUCUGUUCCAAUUAGCGAACGUUAUAGACGGACGUCCAAAUGUUGCGAACUUGCAAUUAGCAAACUCAAUUAGCAGACGUAUAAUAAACCGAAAAAUAGACGGAAAUUGUAUACGCUCGCGUUAUCUGACUAUCUGACUCAUUUGGAAUAUAUUGUAUUUCUUGAUGAACACUACAUGUAAAAUGUAUUUGUUUGUUUUUGUUUGCACAUUCCAGUGAAAAGCAGCGCUCCUUCAUGAUGUUUUCGGCAUUUUAAACAGCACGAAAUAGUCCAAUAUGUCCCCAGGCUUUUUCCCAUCCAUCUUUUGAGAGCGUCGAGUUUGAAGCAGUACUUUUAAUUCCUUGCGAUAGUAACUUUUUGUUCAAUAUAGUGUUUACACACCGUUGUGUAUAAACACUUGUCAAGAUGAUCUUCACGCACCACAGAAGCCUAUCUGAGUGGAAUAAAUAAGUAGAUAGUUCAUCUUCACUGAUGAUUUGUCUGUUUUCUGCAUUUAUACGCAGAUAAAUUAUCAUGCGAACUAUCUCUUUUUUGUCCAAGUAUAUCCAGUGCCCGGUUGUACAGAGACCGGAUAGCGCUAUCCACCGGAUAGUGAUUCUUCAACCUUCGUAAACGUGCAUAAAAAGCUGUGAAGCUACAGAUAUAGACCUCACAAUAAUUAUAAAAACUCUUUUAAUGAAUAAUUACUGAACUUUAUUUAAUCUUGAUUAUACUAUUGAACAGACACUUUUAGAAAAUUUGAAACAAUCACUAUCCGUUGAAUAACGCUAUCCGGCCUUUGUACAACCGACCCCAAACUGAUAGUCCAUCUCUAAUACAAAUUGGGUUACUAACAUGAACGCUCCCCGUCGACCUUUUUCAGGACCUGAACUCCAAGGGAAGACAAGCUACCGUGUCCAUGAUCUACUCUUAGAAUUUGCCCGGCAGAAACUUCAAGCCUCUGGCACACUAGCUGAUGUCCAGCGCGUGUUCGUGAAAAUACUUCGUGGCCAAUGCGUGAAUGGUGAAUGGACUACUACUUCAAGUCUCUCUCAAAGAGACUAUUAUUUCAAGUACCUACCCUAUCACAUAUUCUCCUCCGAACAACAGAGUGAAUUAAUUCAACUAUUGUUCGACUUUCACUGGCUCGAACAAAAAGUGAAACACACGAAUUUUCCCUCCCUAAUAUCAGAUUUUCGUUUCCUGGAUACGCCCUUGCAGCACGAAAUCAAACUUCUCAAAAAGUCGUUAAUGUUAUCUGCCGACGCCAUCGAGAAAAACCCGAGUUCCAUUGGUCCGCAGUUGCUAGGUAAUAAAACUAAUGUACCUUUUUUUGGCUUACCUUUCCUUCGCUUACCUUCAAACACUCAUUAAUAAUUCAUAACGUUAUUGGAAAAUCAUGUCAACCAUAAUAUGUCAUGUGCAGUGGCUUUAAACCUGAUAAAACACUCCUAAUUAGUAUUCUUUAUAUAAAGAAACUAAUAAGGCAGUAUGCAUUGUAGUUGUGUCCUCAUUAGUAGUAUUCUUUAUAUAAAGAAUACUAAUAAGGCAGUAUAUCUAUUGCAUUUGUAGUCGUGUUUGCAGCCGUUUAAUAAACUUGCAGGUCGUGUUUUAUUAUAUCUAAUAGCUAAAGGUCGCUAAAGCCUAAAACACUCCUGCUCGUUUAUUAAACAGUACUUAAUAGGUUAACUUAUGUAGUUCUAUCAGUUUUAAACUGCCUGUGUACAGUCAGAGUUAUUUUUUAAUUAAUGGUGCAGUUUUACUACAGCAGGAAAUAUAACUUUGCUUAUAUUGAAUAGCUCUGUCAGUUUUAAACUGUUCUUCCUGGAGGCGUGUGUAGUCAGGGCCGCUCCUUAUUGGUGCAGUGUACUGCACGAGGAAACCUAAACUAAUCUAACUUGACGUAUCCUGGGAAGCGCUAUAAUCGACGACCGGCCAACACUCUGAAAGGUACACUCUGAUGGGAGUUUUUGUUACAAGCUGUCAACUGGCAUUUUCUUAUAGCUUACCCAUCGGUUAACAAGACUAUAUAUAUAUAUAUAUAUAUAUAUAUGUUGGCACCUCUGAUUUUGGCUUAUAUAGUUGAAAAGUUCAGAAUUUUAAAAUGUUGCUUAAUAAAGUACUAUGUUGACAAAAAUUUCAAAUUCACUUUUCCCAAAGAUAAUCUAUACCAUUAGAAAGAUCGAGGAGAAAUAUAUAUAAGACAUUUAAGCAAGUAGUCAAGCCGGUUUUGAGUUAAAGGAGCGUAAAGUUGGAAAGAUAGUAACUAUUGGAGUCAAUUGGGGCAUUUUCUGCAACUGAUUGGCUACGCAAAUCAUACUACUCGCUUAAAUGUCUUAUAUAUACUUUCUUGCAAAUCUUCUAAUGGUAUAGUUUAUAUUUGUUAAAAGUGAAGAUGUAAUUUUGUAUUUUUUUCAUCGAUAGUGCUUUUUAUAAAAACAUUUUCAAAUUCUCCAAUUUUUCAUCUAUAAAGGCCAAAUCAGAGUUGCCAAAAUAUAUAGUCUUGUUCGUUAAUACAUAUACUUUCUGAAAAUGUUAGUUGGCAGCGUGUAACAGAAAAUGCCAUAAAACAAAUUUUGUUGCACAUUUUCAGGUUUUGGCCGGCCGUCUGUAAGUUCGUAAGGGUCAAUCCAUUGUUUCUACAAGUGGAAGCAAAGUUCCCAGAGAAAACGUGAGAACUAUAUAUUUGCAUAUUCGAUCAAAGAGUAUUUAUAAUCAGACAUCUGCACACUGCAUGAAUCGAAGCCGAGGCAUUAACCACUGUGCCACCAGUACCUAUUUUUUAAAAUUUAUAUAAUUUUUUCAAGAGCGUAAAUCUUCUGCACUAGUAUUAUAAAUAGUAUUAUAUACGCAAUGCUAAAACUGUUGUACAUUUGUGUUCUAGGUAGGUUGCUAUCGUAUGCCAGUGACGAAUGCCCGAGCGUGAAGAAGCUGUUAGACGACGUCCGUGAAACAAGCCGGAAGACUUGCCGUCUUUUACCAUUAUUUUCCUGCCUCAAACUUGAAGGGGCAGAGAUAUUUAAAAAGAACGUUGGUUCUCAAGUAUGGUCAUUAGCAACGUGCACUACUUCAACUGGCACUAUUGUCAUUUCUGGUUUGCAUAACGGUUCGAUCCGCAUCCAUGAACUAGAGACAGGUAUGUAGCUGUAUGCUAAAGAUAAAACAGAAAGCAAAGUUUGGGAGUUUUAACCAUCUUUCCUUGCAGCUGAGUCCUGAAUAGCGAAGGACACAGCUCAAGGAACUAGCGAAGGACACAGCUCGCUGGUAGGAAACAGCGAGUAGUCAUUGAUGAGAAUGUUCUAAUUGGCAAAAUACCCAGGCAGGGGUCCCCGAGGGGUCUGUAUUGGGCCCACUGUUGAUUCUUAUAUAUAUAUUAAUGAUAUUGUUAAUAAUAUUUCAACAGAAUGUUUUCUAUUUGCCGAUGACUCUUUAUUGCUUGACGAGGUAGAGUCACCUGUCGAUUCAGCUAGGAAAAUAAAUUGUGCCCUUAGCUCGAUCUCUACGUGGGCUGACCGGUGGCUUGUCACAAUGAAUGCCGAAAAAACAGAAAGUAUGAUCUUUUCAGCUAAAAAAGACAAACCAAUUCAUCCUCUCUAUUUAUCAAAUGUGUUAAUCAAAGAGGUUUUUCAGCAUGAGCAUUUAGGCGUUACGCUUAGAUUUAAUCUUUCAUGGCGUUCUCACAUUUUAAAAAUCCAUCAAAAAGUCUCAAAACGUUUAAAUCAUGCUUAAACUUAUGAAGUUAAUAUUGACCAGGAAAACACUUAAUACUUUGUAUAAAUCUCUGGUUCGUUCAUGCUUGGAAUAUGCAGAUAUUGUUUGGGAUGGUUGUAUCGAAACUGAUAAUGAUCUUCUUGAACAACUCCAGUAUGAAGCAGCUAGAUUGGUUACGGGUGCUAUAAAGGGAACAUCUCGUGAAGGAUUGCUUAAUGAAGUGGCAUGGGUCAAACUGAAAGAAAGUCGUACCUAUCAUAAGUUGAAUAUGAUUUAUAAGAUAUUUAAUAAUCUUACACCAUCCUAUUUACAGGAACUCUGUCCGGUCCAAGUUAGAUCUAUAACAGCUUACAAUCUCCGUACUCCGGAGAAGAUUAUAUCAUAUCCCACAUGCUAGGACUGAACGUUUUAAAAAAUCCUUUUCAGUCUCCUCAAUCAAACUUUGGAACACUUUGCCACUUGACGUUCGUAGCUCUCACUCAUUAGCUUGUUUCCAAAACAGCUAUAUGAAGUGGCGUAAAAUGCCAAAAAUCAAUACCCUAUUUACCACUGGAAAUUGCAUGGCUUCUUUAUUGCAUACUCGAUUUCGUUUACGUAACAGUACUUUAAAUUAUCCUUUGUUCCUGAUGAACUGUGUGGCCUCACCAAUGUGUAGUUGUGGUUUAGCAAAUGAAACAGAGCUCCACUUCUUCUUUGAAUGUAAUCGAUUUGCUGCUGAACGUUGUGUUCUUCUUGCUGCCGCUGAACAAUUGCUCGGUACUUUAUGGUUAAACUCGUCAACAUCAAUGCGCUUUCAAUGAAUAAACGUUAAGCUAUUUUCACUUGUGCAGGACUUUAUUAUUAAUUAUAAACGUUUUUGUUAAGAUUUAUAAGUGCAUGUGUACAUAAUAUUAUGUGUGAUCUUUGUGGUGUUAUGUUAAUCUUGAUUUGAUGUGCAUGUUUCUGCCAUUCGUCUGUUUAUCGUACUUAAUAUGUGUCUGUUCUGUGUAUUUUAGUCCGAAUGUAAUGUCAUUUUUUGUCAGUUAACCUUGUAAUCAAUCUCGUACCCAGAGCAAUGCCUGUGCGCAGGCUAGGAUGGCAUUGGAUCUGGAGAAAUUGACAACCGGAACCCCUAAAUUUAGGGGUUCCGGUUCUUUGUCGGCAUGCACGAUUGAUGAACGUUUAAACCAAUCACAACACAGGAAAAUUUCAAUUUCCUCAGAGCCAAUGCCAUCCUAGCCCGCGCACAGGCAUUGCUCUGGGUACGAGAUUGCCUUGUAAUAUUAUAUUGUAUGACAAGAUUUCCCAAGAUAAGCCUGAUGAUUUUGGAAAAAUUGUCUUUUUUAUUAAUUAAAUAUUGUUUAAAUCAAACGUGACUGACUCACUAGGACGCCUCUGGCUGCCACUAUCAGGCCUCGAAUUUCCCUGAAAUCAAUCGACGGCAAUGGCGUUAAAAAUUGCCGUAGAACGUAACAGCUGUCUACGGCAAUUUUGGCAGUUUCCACGGCAUUUUUCAAAUUACUGUAAUAAAACUUUAAUUUUAUUGUUACUUUGGAUUUAUGACAAGCUAGAAACAUAUCUACGUACUUCUUUAGUGUUUUGUUUUCGAAGAAAACUGAGACUAAAAUAGUGAUUUACGCAUGAUUUGAUCAACAUCUGAAUUCAAGUAUCGAAGUAGUAAUGCACAGUGAAUAGUAUAAAAAUUGCACUACACGGCAAAAAAUUGCCGUCGUUGCCGCAAUGAUCCACGGCAUUUUGUUCUCCCUCUACGGCAAUUGCCGCGAUUGCCGCGAUAAAAUUCGAGCCCUGGCCACUAUACAGCUGUGGUGAAAGGGUCUGGGAGAAAACCCCAUGUAGAAGUACAAGAAAGAACCAACUACAGAGGCGGAUCCAGCGUUUUAGAUGACCGGUUUACUAGGUCCACACAACCUCUUGGGGGGUCCGUUCAUGCUCCCCCGGGAAAUUUUUAAAAUUUGGGCCUCUGAAACAGCGUUUCCUGCGUUCUGGCGUCACUUUUAAAAUUAAUUUAAUCGUUAGAAAAUACAUGUUUUUAAGAGAAUUAGGACUAAUAUAGGCAGCUCAAACAAUGAAUUGGACCUUUUCGGAAACUUAUUAGCUAGUGAUGAAAAUAUAGGAUUGGCAAAUCGCUGACGCAUCGAUAUUUAUUACAAGUACAACAAGUAGAGAUGCUUUUAAAUAUAAACAUAGUUGUAAUUAUAGAUCUAUACGCUUUCAAACCAACCGCUUUAACAAUGAAAUAGAAACCAAACUGCAAGACUUAGAGCGUGAAAGUUUCACAAUCAUUUCCCAAUUCUCUAUAUCGCGAACGCAAUGAUUCGGUCACGCAAUAUAUAUUAUACACAUAUUUCGCGCUAUCAUGAGUAUAGACUGAGUAGAAGUUACACGUAUAAACAUCGAUACGCUUGUUGAUGGAUCGAUAAUUAUUAUACAGUAAGUAGAAAUAGAUUACAGUUAUAACUUUAGACUAUAUACUUUUAUACAAACCUUCAAAAUGAACAAGAAAUCCAUGCAAAUGCUUCUAUCGCGAACGCAAAAGUUCAGUCACGGAAAUUGUAAUAUAAACAUAUUUCGCGCGUCAUCGAGUUGUGUUAACUUUCAUGCCCAGUUUUCUCUAAAUACUGGUAGACUCACAGGUUUAUGACCUGUUUACAACCGGCGGAGCGCAGCCGUUUAGCCAAUCGAAUGGCGUAUCGACCGGUUUACUCUCAUUGAAAAAACUCUGACCACCGGUUUACUCAUAAUUGAGGGCGGUUAUGAGUGAUUCAUGCGAUGUUUCAGUCCACGACCCACGACGAUAUAUUGGCAGAUUAUUAGUCUAGUAUUACAACAUUUCAUAAGAGGGAACCAACGCUAUAAGUCCUUAAUUUAAUUAAUUUAAAAAAUGCUUAUUAUGUAAGUGGGUCUAAAUACGCUUGGUAAUCCGUAAUCAAAUUUCAAGUGCAUGGCGUAAUAGAUUAGACAACAUCAAUUUUAUGAAACAGAAUAUUCUUUAAAUUAGUCAUAUACGUGGAAGGUUAUAGAUUUCCUUUGUUUGGAAAAUUUGACAGGUUUAUAUAAACCUGUCAAACCUGUCUGAAUCCGCUCCUGAACUGUACACUGUAAAAACUGAUUGGUCGAAAUGACCAAAAAAAAUUGGUCACCUGGAUGCAUCUGAGAGAACCAAUUAAAAAUUGUCGUUUUAACCAAUAAAAUUAACCAUUAAUUAAUUGGUCAUUUAAACCAAUAGUAAUUGGUUAAUAUAACCAAAUAUUUUUGGUUGUUUUGACCAAUUAAUAACAUGGUUAAUUUUAUUGGUUAAAACGACCAUUUUUAAUUGGUUCUCUCAGAUGCAUCCAGGUGACCAAUUUUUUAUUGUCAUUUUGACCAAUUAGUUGUCACAACCUAUACACUGCAUUAAAAUGAAGAACAUUUGUGAGCCAUACAUCACUGAACAUAUAUACAUGGAAUUUAUUAAAAAAUAUAUCAAUAUUAUUUAAUAAGACAAUUAAAUAAGCUAGAGCUACCGGUACCUGGUGUAUAUAAUGCAUGCAAUCAUUGGGAAACUGUAGACAAAAUGACUCCUACAUAUUGGAGUAAGGAAAGGCCUUAACUAACCUUAGAAAUCAAUGUGUUUCUUAGAACUAUGUGGGAGCAAUUACAAAGAAAUACAAUUACUUUGCCAAGUAGUUAUAUUACUACCUGAAAAAAAAACAGGCAGAAACUCAACGUUCCCAGCGAAGGGCUUUCGCUCAAAACGUUGAGUUCUGCUUGUUGUUUUCAGGUAGUAAUAUAACCACUCGGCACUGACAGCAAUUUCACAUUGGUGCUACCAACACUGGUACUGGUACAGACAUUUUUAACACAAUUACAAGCCUGCCAGCAUGAAUUGAACCUGCAGCCCUGCAAUUCUACUUUUGCCAAGAUGUAACCAUAACUUCCUGUAUAUAUACCAUGGUGGUGUCAUUGGUAGUAUAUUUAAAACGUUGACGAAGAAACGGCACAAGAUCUCCCAGGCGCUCCUCAGUUUUCGAUGCCUCAAGCCCAUAACCCCCUGCGCUUGUUCGUCGCGAUGCACUACUUCAUGUAAACCUUUCACAUAGCGACUCGCAAGAAAUUUUUUUAUUAGCGCCUGGGGACGAGGCAGAUCGUCGCGUGCGAUUGAACAAUAAGAAGCCGAUACUGGUAAUAAACCAAUCUGACUUGGCAACAUUCAAGAAAAAGCGCGUCAACCAGCUAGGUCUUGUGAUAUUUUACACGAACUGCAGGCUCAAAAUUUUUGGUGAAUACUCAUAGUAACGAAAAACGGAACCUAUAAAAUAUUAGAAUUUUGUAACGUCACGCGAAAAAGAUUUAUCACCCUCUUUUUAAAAAUACUUAUAAUCUAUCUGUAUAAACAGGCAAAGAAUUGCAAGUACUCGAAGGACAUACAAAUACAGUGUGGUGUUUGGCUCUGUCACACAGUCAAAGACAUCUUGCGUCAGGGUCACGUGACAAUACUGCAACAAUCUGGAAUACAGAUACUUUUGAACAGCUAAAAGUUUUACAAGUAGAAGGUGGUGAUGUGAAUGCAUUGGAUUUCAGUACAGAUGAUCAGAGACUAUUUACUGGAUCGCAAGAUGGUAAGCAUCUAAAGCCCCGGUCAAACGAGGAUGAAAAUUGAUAAGAGUUGGCAAGCGAGAGUGUGCAUGUGAGUUUUUUCAACACGAGUUAAUUAGAGUUAGCUGUAAAACGCAAGUGAGAGUUGCAACUCUUAUCAACUCUCAUCCAGGUAAGUUUGACCGGGGCUUAAGUGUUUCGCACCUGGGCUCGCAACGUUUCAAACAAGUCUUUUAAGACCGUCACAAUUAAUUUCUGAAAAUGUCAGAUACGUCGUCUUCUGCGCAUCUUAUUCAGCACGACCUGCACGCAGUCCUUGGUAGUCUUUAGACAUGCAAGCACGAUUAUAAUCUGCCAGUUUAGAUUCAUUGUUUGCUUUGUACAUAAAGUUUUUCUACGACUGAUUGAGUUAUACCGCACAUAUUUGCAAGUUACCCUCUGUGACUGUGCGGAACAGAUCUUACACAACCCCUAGCUACCUCUUCUAUAAGUGCCACUAACCCUAUACAUAUAAGUUUUGGUAUAUCUAACAUUUUAGUCAUUUUUAAAGAAAUGCAAUAUGGCUUGUCGGGAAGAACUUAUCUUUAUCGACAUUUUUGCUAUGAUGAAUUGCAAAUUAGUUCGCCUUUAAUUUUUGCUUCUAAAAUUCAUCUAGUGACACCAUAUCCGGCAAUUUCGACGGUGAAAAAAUUUAUCAAGAUAAAACUUUCCACGCAAAGAUGUAUUAUAUUUCUUCUCGGAAUGACCCAAAUAUUACACGUACCAAAAUUCGCAUUUGAGGUUAGACAUAAUUAAUGAAAGAUCUCAGACGAGAACCUGACUAAUUCUUGUCCUGAUGUGUACUAGGCAAACUAACAGUAUGGCGUGUGAGCACAGGUGAACGAUUGGAUGUCAUUCCUGCACAUGAUGUUGCGAUCAUGAGUCUGUGUACUACUAAAGAUGGACUAUACAUUGCUACUGCAUCUUGGGACCACACUAUCAAGUUAUGGCGAGCUGAUACAUUAAAUUUUGAAGCUACUUUGGUUGGCCACACUGACGUUGUGGGAAGUGUAGUGGCAGCAGGUAUGUUUGUAAUGUAUCUUGCUUGAUACAGUGAAGAAACAACCCUCACUUUUGUACUUUAACUGGACGGUAGAAAGCAUGUUCUGAGGGCAGGUAAAUGCAGGUACACGCUUAAUAUAAUACUAUAUUGCAAAUUUAACAUAGUAUAGUAAUACUGUCAACAGCUCACUAAUUAAUUAAGGAAAUAAAUAGUUUAAAAUUCUGAAAACUGGGAAGAAUUGUUUUUGAAUAGAUCGAAAUGAGAACCAGUUAAGAAAUAACUCGUCCUGAUUUCUUGCUAAGUACCCAUUAUGAAGAACCACUUCAGCCUGACAUAAAAAUUCGUGGUUCUUUUUUACCGGUUUUUACUGUAGAACAGCCUCAGAAUUUGGGGGGGGGGAGGCAUUUGAGGGGCAAACUCAUAUUUGGGGGGGGGGGAAGAUAGAAUUUUUAAAAAGGUACUGCUAUUUGCCAAUGCCGUUGUCACAGGACUUUUGUCCCCUCCCCCUAGGAGAUUCGCCCCCUCUCAAAAGGGGCCGAUAUUCCUAGGAAUACCGCCCCCGGGAGACGAAUAUCCUAGGAAUAUCCCCCCCAGAGGGGCGAAUGCCUCAGGAAUAUCCCUCCCCGUUUAGGAUAUUCGCCCCCCAUAUAUACGCGAUGUGGUUAUUCAAAUAGUUUCGUGAUACUUUCAUCUUAUUAGUGCCUUAAGGCCCAUACAGACCGGACGCUAUUUGGCAACGCGACGCGAAUUUUCAGUUUUCAAUGACAUUUAACUUUAAUAUGUUUCAUUGUUUUUCAAAUAUUCGGGACCACUUAGCAAUUUCAGCUAUUUGGUCUGCAUACCUUGUAAAAUUUUUAUCUGUUGACAGUUUUAUUUGUCAGUUGAAAACUGAAAAUUCGCGUCGCGCUGCCGAAUCGCAUCCGGUCUGUGUGGGCCUUUUAUACACGUUUGAGAAUUUAACUUUGCAAAACUAAAGCUUUUUUGUCUUUUUUGAAACGUAUUAUUGGAGUAUUGGCAAGUUUUACCAUUCAGAGAUUUACAAACUAAUAUUAAAACUGUAAAAGACAGUUUCAUGUAUACGGCGCAUUCACUGAGUUAUGACAACCAGGGUUCGUAGCGGUCUUCAAAAUCCUUGAAAGUCUUUAAAUUUGAAUUCAGGUCUUUGAGGUCUUUGAAAAGUCUUUGAAUUGUGUGAAAAAGCGAAGAAAGUCUUUAAAUUCUUUAGUGAUUAUUUGAUUAUACGAUUUCCUAGCUAAUAAAAGAGAUUGAUUGAAGCAAGAUUUUCGCAAAUAUCGACGAAAAGGUGCAUUUUAGGAUGUGAUUUGUCCGGACUAAUUACCGGGUCAAAAUGGUGCUUACACUCGCAAUUUUUCGACAGUUGAUGCUCUCAAAGAUCUUUGAAAAGUCUUUUACUAUAAGCAAAAAAAAACUUUGAAAGUCUUUGACUAUUUUUGGUCUUGGAGACUACGAACCCUGUGACAACUUAUAAGCCAUACAUUUUCCGAUAACGACAAAACGCCUGUGUAGCCUUUAGUCGCUAUCAGUGACUAAUAAAUUUUUUUGAAGGGGGUGGGGAAUGGGGGCAAAAAAUAAUUGGGGGGGGGGGUGCAAAUGCCACCCCCCCCCUUUGCCCCCACUGGCGCCGCCACUGUCGGCACUAGUCUUUGUUUACAGUGAGAGGGGCCAGACUAUAUAAUAAGCUGGUGAAUUAGUUGUUACGGAUUAGUUUUUGCCAUUUAAUAUGUAACGCUAAAAUGUUAAGCCGGUUUUCCACUUGCGAAUUUCUUCGUGCGAAGCGAAUUUGCUAUUGUUUAAAUUGAAAAGAAUUGAAUAAAAAUCUAAUUAGUUCCAGCCGAGAGUUCGUAAGACAAAUGUUCGCGCGAACAAAUUCGCUAGUGGAAAAUAGGCAGAGUUGUGACGGAAAUUGUCGACUUUACUUCGGAAAUUGUCGUUCAUGCCACAAGCACAGAAUAGAUACACAACGUCCGGUAUCUAUUCUGUGCCACAAGGUAUCGUCAUUAAAUGCCACAGAUAAGGUAUCUUUGCCUCACUUUGCAAAAUUACAGUUGGCAACGCUGGUAGAAGUACUCGAAGGAAUUUUCACAGCAAACAGUAAGUUAAUUUUUGUUAUUUCAAUCGAUAGUAUGUUUAUAAUUUGUGAAUCUGUCAUUCAUAUUUAUAAAAACAUUGCUAUUCAUGUCUGCUGUGGACUCUGCCUCGUGUCAAAGAGAUUUUGAUCACGCUUCAUAUAAAGCUUUAUAAUCCUGUUUAUAAUCUAACGUGCUUGCACAGUUGUUGAAUUUUAAUGUACCAUUGUGCGGGUAAAUUAAAAAGCAAGCCCAUUGCUGGCAUUGUACUUCAACUGCCCUAUCAGCUUGCAGGCAUAAAACUAAAAUUAACACCGAAACCAGGCUGGACUAUUUUAUAUCACUAUAGUAGUCACUGACAUCCCUUUGACUGCAAAUAUGGGUGCUAUUAUUGAGAUCUAUUGUUCAAGGAUUGUAUGCCACCACAAUUUCACACACAGUGCAGUGCAAUGGUAGCUCAGCCUGUUUACGCAUAGUUGAGGGAUUUUGUAGAUGGAAAUAAUUGAUAGUUGAAGGAUUUAAUUUGUAGAUGGAAAUAAUUGAGCGGAAAUGUAUUUACAUUUCUUAGACCUAAGCAGGAACAGUUGCGACAAAUCCAACUGUACAUGUAGGUGCAGAUCAGCAAGGACGUAGCGAUCUGGGGGGGGAUGGUGUAAUUCAGGUAAAUUCAGAACCCUGAAAUUCAUGUUUAAAUUUUUGACAUUUUCGAAUAAAAUUUGUGUUAAAAAGUUGUUAUUUUUGUAAAAUGAUAACCAUUUUUGUAAUGCACAUAUCAAUGUAAACCCCGUGGGGGGGGGGAGGCCGGGACAGUACAGGGAGUUUGAUGACAAAACUCAUCCCCUCCCUGGGACGUUUUCUAACUUCCAUGUCCCCAGGAUGGGGCGGUUUGAAUUCCGCCCAGCCUGCUCGCAGGUUGAACUUAUUAAUGCGCAUGAGCAGUGAUGCGUAAAAUUUAAAUCCAGCGUGGUCAUUUGAGCGUAGUCGAAAGCGAGGUCGAAAGUGCUGUUUUGCAAAGCUUUUUACAGUGGUUUUUACGUAAUUGUAUAAAAGGCAAGUUUAAAUUUAAACCAGGAUCAAAGUUAUCUGUUUAUGAAAAUCAGAAAAUAGCAUCGCAUUGUAGCAUCGCCUCCACUGUGAACGGACCUUUAUGUUCAUGCCAAUUCAUAUUAUUAAAAAUGAUUCUCCCUUGUUUUGCUCGAUGUUUAUAAGUAAAUUGGUGUUUUUAAAAAGCUUAAAAUAUGUAGCUCUUCUCCCUUGGGUGGGGAAAGUUACCUUUAUUUGACCAGAAUUUUCUUCCCCCCCCCCUGCGGGCAUUUGAUUAGUUUUCUCAUAUUUUUGUCAAAUCCCCUCCCUAGUCCCGGCCUCCCCCCCCCCCCACGGGAUUUACAUUGAUAGGUGCAUAAAAUCCAGUCAUUUUAAUUAGAUCCAAUUUGUUUGCAAAUUUGCUUUAGAAAAUGCCAGAAAUGCAGUCCUGGAGUUUCAAAAACGUAAAAAAAUUUCAGGGGGAGGACCCCCACACCCCCUUUUCUUUGCAAACUUACAGUAGUAUGACAGUGGAAAUCAAUCAGAAAAAGCUCUAUUAUAAUUAUUACACUUCAGAUAAAUUUUUAGCAUUGGAGUUCAGAUUUCAGGUAAAAUCCUCCCCCCCCCCCAACAUCAGAUGCUUUGCUACGUCUUUGAAGAUCAGUGCAAUCCCGAUACAACACUGAACCUUGCAGCUGUGAGGGUAUAUGAGAAAGCAAACCCACAGCCAUUGUGCUGAGACCAUAUUGACAAGUUUCAAGCUUUCUUUUCAGCAUUUAACAGCAGUGUCAAUUGAGUAGCAUGUUCAUACUUUUACAGCUAGAGUUAAAUGUUGUUUAAAUUUAUACCUGCAUCAUUUCGAAUAUUUCAGUCUUAUGAUCUGCCUUAAAUAUUUUGUUAUUUUUAAACAAUUUGCAGAUAAAAGACGAUUCAAAAUCAUAGUGAUGCAUGACAUCUACAGUGCUUCAAACAACUAAGUGAACACAUAUUCUGGACAAUUUGCUGAUAAUAUGGUGACUGGUGAUAAUAUUGGAUAAUAUAGGAAGAUCAGAAUAUGCAAGUAUCAGGGCAAGUACAACUAUCAGAGAAACGUUUUAGUGGUGAUGACAUGAUCAAUUGGAUGAGUUCAUUAUAUAUUCCGAUGCUGUUAGAUCUUACAAUAAAUACAAAAUGUUUAAAAAUCUAGUAUUAAAUAUUAUAUUAAUGUAGAACUUUGAAUUUAAAGGUUUUAUGAAAUUUGCGAUGCCAGCAAUUCAAGAAAAGCUAAUAACUUUUGAAUCAGACACCAGAAUAUAUUUGUAACAAGUCAAACCAAUGCAAUGAAAUCUUAAUGAAUUACUGGAUUGUUUAGACAUGCAUUAACAAUGCCUCUUACUAUAUUUUUGUAGAGUGAAAUUCUGAAAAACAAUAAAUUGACAUCAUUAGUUGCUGUAUAUGCUUAUUAUUAAAGCAAAACAUUUACUAAUUAAAGUGACUCAAUAAUAUAUUGGCUGUACCAUUGCUAUCAACCAAAUGUUGCUUUUAAAUCGAGUGAUUGUUGUAGCCAUUUGUUCGCAUUGUAAGAAAGAUACUGCAUCUGUCUUAUUUUGACCAUUAUUCUUUUUUAUUAUUUACUUAAGAAAUUCCUGGUUACUUUCUGAUUGGCUAACAGCCAACUGUGAAAUUGUCAUAUCAACUCGAUGGCUAACCAAAUACGGAUUUUUCACAUUCAUAUUAGGAAAAUGACGUCAAAGAGUCAAUAUGAAAAAAAUUUGGACGCGUUUGCGCCAUAUUACUAUGACGACGAGAAUCAUAUUGACUCGCUGACGCCAUUGAUAUGACGCAACGACGGCUGCCGAAGGACUAAGGAAUUGUUUUUUCUUAAUACAAAUAAAAUACAAAUGUUUGUUUUGAAUUUUUUAAAUAAAUAAUAAAACAAUUAUUGAAUUCGGUUUUCACACAAUAUGAAGAAUUAUCAAGCCCUCAGUUUGCCGUUAUCAACCUCAGCCUUCGGCUUCGGUUGAUAACGGCAAACUUCAGGUUUGAUAAUUCUUUAUAUCGUGCUCAACCUCAUUCAAUAAUUGUUAAGUAAUUAUUAAUUUUGUAUCACAAUGAAUGUUUGUGCUGAAUGUUUAUGACAAUGUGAACUCCAGCUGUUUUAAACAGGCUGAAUAGGCUAGCCACAUGUACGCAGUGCGUACCUGUUUUUGUACAUUUUUAUUAUACAAUUAGCACAAUUCUUAGACUAUUGAACUUUGCAGUUGUGUAGCCAUUUUCGCUUUUUAAAAAUUUGUAAUACAGCUGUAAUUCUUUUGCCAAGAGCAGUAUUUAAAGUCUAUUAUUAUGAUACCGAAGGUCGAGCCCAAUAUUGAAGUCGAGACUUAAUAUUUUGCCAUAUUGGGCGACAAUGAAUUCAAACAGGUGUUUUAUUAUAUCGAACAUAAAAGUUCUUUGUAAGCGAUAACAUAUUACAGCCAAAAUAAUACACGUGGGCGGCGAAUUUGAUUAAAUCACUAAACAAGAAAGUUACUAACUUCGUGCCGGUUGUAUAAAACUCUUAUACUUUUUAACCCGACUAUUUUGUAUUUAAAUACUAGUAAACUUUAAAAUACGCGAUCUUGAUUAGUUAACUUACGCACCAACUGUAGUUAAUUUUUAAUUACUUUUUUAUACUAUUGGCCCCUAGUUUUCAACAACAAUUCUACAUAAAAAAAACUCAAUUCCAUUCAGUAAGUCUGUUUUAAAGGUGAUGUGACCUAAUUUUAAUGAAAAAUUAUAUAUCACUAACCUGGCGAUUGUUGUAAACGAAUAAAUUUCGCAAAGACAAGUUUUUCCGCGCUUCUAUAAUUUUCACCAAAGCUGCAGGGUAGAAAUAACUGUGCCUAAAUAAUGUUCCAAAUCCUUUUCAUUACUUUGCGAUCUCAUUUGUUUUGUGUUUGAAAUUGGCAAAGCACCUGAAAAGGUUUGAUCAACCAGGAAAACAGCCAUGUUAAGCUACUGUUCAAUAUAUAUGCUCCUGUCCUACAUCGUAAAAUGUGGGACAAACACGUUACCCUGUUGAAGACUCGUGAUUGGUCAAUUGCAUGCAUGUGAGCAUUUAAUAACAGCUCAUUUAGUCGUGUAAAGUGAGUAGCGAAAGUAAGAUGGAUUUUUGAUUGGAGAAUACGUAUCAGACGAAUUUUUUUCAUCCGUCUGUAGUUAAAAUCUGACCAUUCUCUUUUUGAUUUAGGAAAUGACAAUCCAAUGCUUGUUUCUGCGUCAUGGGAUGGAACUUUAAAGAUUUGGGAUGCUAAAAAGCAUAAAGAAAUCCAUACCCUCCGUGGUCAUGAAGGCAAGAUCUAUAGUGUUGCUGUGAGUUCUGAUACGAAGCGUAUUAUCUCCGGGGGUCAGGAUAUGAUUAUGAGAUUGUGGUGUUUCCACACUGGGGAAUUACUUUCCUGUUUUGAAGGUCAUAGCAGGCCAAUCAAGUGAGUUCAUAGACCUUGGCACCUUUCUGACAGCGGUACCAUUCUCCCAAUAGGGACCUUUAGCAUGAUGGACGGCAACGCGAAGAUCAAAACAAAAUCCUUCAAAUAAAUAACUUUAAGGAAAACUUGUCGUCUAUUAUUCGUUGUACGAAUUUAAUACAGUUUUAGGAGGUUAAGACGGGAUUUAUAUUUGAGAAGACUUCUACUAAGCCAGUUUGCCGAGGACCACUUCUCGCGCGUUGUAUACAAGACGUAAAAUCAUUAGUUUGUUAUUUGUAAACAGAGCGAGGAAGACAUUUAAAACUCCCAAGGGACAUUUACAGUAAUCAUUUCUUUAUAACCCUAUCAUGAAUUUCAUUGUAUUAAUAGCGGUCGCCGUCCUGCUAGCUAAAGGUCCCUAAUAUAUGCAGUUGUCAGAUUAUAAUUUCACCGCAGUGUGUGCUUCCAUGCAGUUUUACUCUACCAAACGCCACUGCACACGUUCUCUGGGUACUCUGGUUGGCUUCCUCCACUAGUCACAAUAAAGAGCAGCACAAUCUGGUUUCCCUCUGCAGUACAACUCGGCCAAUUGGCAAUUGACUUUUACUGGACCUCUAGGGAGAAUAGUUUAGAAGUGAAAAAAUAUCCAGUCCAAAUGCAGUGACUUUUGUUGAGGUUUUCAUCUGUAGACUGUAGUAACACUUGAUUAAUAUGAAAUUGCCCUUACUCGACCUCUACCAGGUCAGUUUAGAACGGACGGACCUGUCUUGUAUAAAUAAAGUUCGUUUUUAGUUACGGUUCGCUCAAUAGAAACACUAUAGGCUAACAAGGAUAAUCCUCUUUGCACCUCCAGAGAGAAUAAAUGACAAAUAAAAUAAGUUUAAAUCGACAAUCACCUUCUUGCAUUUCAGUUCUCUCUCGAUAACUUCUGAGAAGUUCAAGGCGGUAUCUGGCUCUUCGGAUGGUAGUUUCAGAGUGUGGAAUCUGGAUACUAGCGCACACUUGAAACAAGACAGGUCACGCGGUCAUUCAAAGUCGGUCAUUGACAUUGCAGUGACACAUGAUGGCUCGAGAUGUGUUACCGCUUCCUUUGACGGCUUUUUCAAAGUAUGGAUGUGUGAAAACGAAAAGGAAUGCUUUACUUUGAAAGGUAUUAUAAACAAAAUUGUCUAUUUGAGCCGGUUUUCUUCUUCAACCGUAACGAGAUGUUACGUAUUCUUUUAAGUCUGUUACAAACGAGCUCGUUUUCUAUGAUAAGUUUUCAUAUGACAAGCUUUAUUUACCUGCCUGUAAUGGCAACUUUGCAUAAUUUUUUUCAUGACAAGUACAGAUGUUGACUUGUCUUCGAAAAACUUGGCAAUGUUUAAAUUUUGGUCGUCUGUAUGGGUCAACAAAUAAAAUUUGACAAAGUUAUUUAAGCACUUCCAUGCGGUGGACAGCGAUAAUGAUGUGGUUAUUAUAGAUGUGUUUGAAAUUUUCAUCCAACAAAAACCCUUCUCAACCGUUAGUUCUAUCGAGCGAGAUGCCCAAAUUAACGAUAAUGAUAUUAGGUAUGUCGUAAAAGACAUCACCUACCAGGUUCGUUUGGUUAAAUAUAUUGAAAGAAAAUAGUACGAAACGCUGUGUUUAAGAGUUAAAAACAGCACUGAAAGGAAAAAAAAAAUGUCUUGUGACCAAGGCACAGCUAAUCUAAACUAAUUGUCUAAAUAUCAAUGUUUCUAAUCUAGUAUUAUUCAACAGUUAUCGUGGCGGCCAGACAACCAAAAAUUUAUCAUAGAAAAUUUGUUGUACAUACACACGCGCAAUUAGUACUUAAAAACUUGUGAUAGAAAACUUGCUCGUCUGUAACAGGCUUUAUUUCCUGACAACUAAUGAUAUGGGCGCAAAAGAAAAUCGGUAAGAUACCGUUGAAGUGGAGAACAGCCUUAUUUUUAUACGAGACAAGAACCAUCUGUCUGACGGAUCUCUCUUAACGAAACCGUGUUUUAUAAGUUAUUGAAUAGGGUUAAUCUAUACUGCUUAAUGUUGACACAUUGCAGGGUAGGAGGACAAUGCUGAGGAUAGCGGAGUUUAUGUGACUUUAACCAUAGAUUUAAGCAGGAACGCUCCGGACAUGAGCGAAAAUAUGCAAAUGAUGUUUACACUGUCUGCCUUGCUUUGGUCUACAUUUUGCUAAAGUAAACAAUAUUUGGCUUAAGCUAAAGUCUAAGAUUUCUUGCUGUGUAAACGUAUCACAAUUGCCUUAGCUCAGGCCAGGCAAAAGGUAGUGUAACCCGUGUUCCUAUCGAAUAAUAACACCGGUCAAGAAAGACAGAAAGUUAAAUUAAACUUGUUUUAUUCACAUAAUUUCGCUUUAAAAUAUAAAACUAAAUAUUCACCCAAAGGCUAUCGUUUCAACUUCGAGCAUGCUGCUCUCUUCACUUUCUGUCAUGUGACACAAUGGAACUAAGCUAAACUAAACUAAAGGGGGGAGGGGUAUACUUUAAAAACCCAAAACGGCUAUUCCCCUCACACUCUCCCCCACUUUAAGUGUGUCCAUCCGCACGCUAUUCCAACGAAACACGCAUACUAUUGUCUAUAGGGUGAUCAAACCUAAACAAAUCUAAAUGCAAGUUUUAUCUGUUACUAUACUAGCGCCGUCCUUGUUUAAUACAGUUCAGAGACUGUUCAUUUUUUCUUUGCAUCUUUUAUGCAGCAUCACAAGUUCAAUUUUUUUUCUUCAUAAAUACCUAAUAUUAACUAAAGUAUCUGAUAAACCAUCUAUAUCCCGUAAUUACAGCCUUGAUGUUUUCAGUAGGUACCUCCUCCGUGCACAUUUCUCGGUAAUUUGCCAAGUCUACAGGCAUCCUUGACAAAGCAUCUGCAUCUUGGUUAUUACGCCUCGGGCGGUUUGGUUAUUACGCCCCGGGCGGUACUUUAUGUCGAAUGUGAAAUCCGCGAGUUCGGACACCUAACGAUGACCCGUUGCAUUUAAUUUAGCUGUUGACAGUAUGUAUGUGAAUGGAUUAUUAUCUGUACAGAUCGUAAAGUUCGGGGCAUAGUAUAAAAUGUCUCGAAAGUGUUCGCAGACAGCCCACUUUAAGGCUAAGAAUUCUAACUUUCCAGCAUGGUACCUUCUUUCUGCAGGGCUUAGGGAUCUCGAACCAUACCCGAUUACUCGCAUAUUUCCCUCUUACAUUUGAUACAACACAGCGCCAAGUCCCUUAAGUGAUGCAUCUGGUUGACUAUAAUCUGGGUAACCCAGGAUGAGACAAUCAAUUCAAUCAAGAACAUUCUGGUGUUGGCUUUGCCACUGAAUUGGUUGUGAUGAUAGUACACUGUUUUUCACAUUACUCGAGUUAGAAUUCAUAUUAGGUGGAGCUUGUAACAAAUCGAAUAGUGGUCUUGCGAUUCGUGCAAAGUCCUUAAUAUAUCUCCGAUAGUAGCCGAAAAGUCCCGGAAGUUUCCGUUAUUCGCCAAUUGUCUUCGGUUCUGAGUCCUUUAACGCUCUUACUGCUUCAGUCUUUCCUGGGUCGAGUCUGUACACCUCCGCUGACACAAUCUGUCCCAAAUAGUUAAAUUCCCUUUGAAAGAAAUUGCACUUUUCUGGUUUUAACUUAAUUCCAUUGGCACGUAAUCGUUGCAUAACCAAACGGACAUGCUCAACGUGUUCAUCAAAUGUUUUACUAAAUAUAAUAAUGUCAUCUAAAUAUUGGAUGCAAAUGUCCUCUUUGAGACCCUCUAGGCAGUGUUCCAUCAACCUUUGGAAUUCUCCGGGUGCAUUUCUAAACCCAAACGGUAUGCGAACUCACUCGAAUAAACCCCACGGGGUGAUAACCUUGAUGAUAGGCCUUCCCCUGAUGUCUAUCAGGUACUGUCUUAUUUAGUUGUCUGUAAUCCACGCAUAGUUGAAGGUUCCCAUCUUUUUUUCUGACACAGACCACUGGCGAUGAAUACGACGAACGUGAUUUUUGAACAUAUCCCUUAUUCAGUAAAUCCUCGACAUACUGUUUAACCUCCGGAUAUAGAGGUCGUGGAAUAGCUGUGUAAUUCUUCUGUACUGGAACUGAAUCUGUAAGAUGAAUAUUCAUUUGUAGACCUUUAGCAUCGCCAAUUUCACCAGACUGUAUAACAUCCAUUGGGUUUAUUGAUCUCACCAUUUGAAGCGUUCCUAACACAGUUCUCCUUUUCAAUACAAUAGCACGAUUACUGGGAUUGUUAACUUGAAUACUGACUCGAGCUCCUCUUGACACAACUGUGAGUGUUUCUGGUACUUCUAGUCCAUCCGCCCAAGGACACUCUGGGUUGGGCUCGAAUAACACUGGUACUCGCAUUUCCAAGGGACCAACAUCAACAUGACAAACUACCUUUACCGAUUGACCUGGUUGAAUUACUAUGUCUGGUUUAGUAGUUUUAACAUUACACAAGUCAUAGGUCCUUUCCGAUUGUAAAAAUGCCACUAGAGCCUCAACUUCAGCACGUUCAAUAUCCAUUAAACUACAACAUAGCACAUCCACAAAAGAUGUCUGUUUGCCUGGUUAACUUUCACAGCCGAAUUUCCAGUAAUUUCAUCAAUUACAUUAUACCCCACAACCGGUAAAUCGAGAACAACCUUGCUGAAAAUGGUAUUUUUAACCCAUAGUCACUAUUUGUCCCCAGAAGUGAAAAGUCAAUGUCCACCCACAAUAUGGCAGUGCAGUUCCAUUUGCUGCUUUUAGCUCUAGUUUGUUAACCCCGAGAAGUUCCUCCACUCUCUGAAUUUUUGCCUUUGGCAAAUGUUCCUGAAGCCAAGCACUAGAAACAAUUGAAACUUGGGCCUCUGUGUCCCAGAGAGCAGUUGUCUUCACCCCAUUCAAUGAACAUUGUACAGUACAUUUCCUCCCCACCAACAGUGUAAUGACUGCAUUUUCUCUGGGAGAUAAGUGACAUGCAUAGACACCAUCGUCAACAAAGUUUUCUCUUAACUUUUGUUCAUGAAGGUCUGAUAAUUCAUUACAUGAUGUUUUAUGUUUAUUCCAUUGUUUACGUUGGCAGGCUUGGGAACAGUACCUGAAAAAUGUACACUUACUACACUGUUUAAAUGGAGUGUACGUUUCACUCACUGUGCAAAAUGUACAAGAAUGGGACAAACCAGUUUCACGUGCUACUCCCCGUCCCUUGGUCGUAGCCGUUUCCCGUUUCCCUGGUUCUUCUUACACCCUCUUGCAAAAUGUUCAAUUGAUCCACACUUAAAGCAAUGGUCACAUACCUGUUCACCAGACUAUUUACAUGAAUCACAUUGAACUUUCCUUUGCUUUUGUCGACUGUGCGAUGGUCCAUUAUCAGCUCCCACCUGACUUUGUUGUGACCGGUAGAAUUCUUUCUUUAACGAUGCCAAAUCAGAUUGUACCGAUUCCAGAGUUGCAGUCAACUUGUCUUUAUUCUGUCAAAUUCUUCUUCGACUUCGUGCUUUUUUUCUUACUGGCAGGAUCUUCACUGUCGUUUUGACUUGCCCAACCGGGUUAGUCACCAUUUGAUUAACUUGAGCACCUUUCUUGACUCCAGCCAUCUUGUUUUGUCGCUCCGUUUCUGCCUACACGGCAACAUUAACUCGUUCCAUUAACUCCUCGUCAGUAACUCCAGGUUUUUCCAAGAAAGGACGUAACUUAGCCCGUAUUGAUUCUUGCUCCAUCCCUGUCUCAACAACCUGCAAGAAUAGAGAUUGUACCAGUGAUUUUUCAUACUUGACAACACUAUCGUCCGCUUGACAUGCAAAUAUUACUUGCUGACGAAGGUUCAUAGCUCUUAUUAAGAAGUCCUGUGCCGACUCCUUUGGGCCCUGACAUAGUGAAGUUGAUUCUUGUUACAUUUCUGUUCCAGAUUUUCAUGUGCCCGUAAGAUUUGCUUUAAACGAACUAACGACAUAUUGUUCAUCAUUUCGAGAUACGAUCGAAGCUUCAAGUUUGGACUCACAGCUCUAAUAACUGCUUCGACAAUCACAGACUCCUUAUAGCCUGAUUUAAUUCCAGUUUCAAUCUGUCUGGACAGACUGACAAAAGACAAGCUGUCCCUUUGUUUGUCCCCACCAUUUACUCCGAUCAUCUUAAAAUCACGCUUUAGUGCUUUUACCAAAUCAACAUUUAAUUUAUCAACCAGAUCUUUUGAGGUGUUUGAGACAGUUUCCGAAUCAGUUUUGCUCGUUUGUACUCCGUCCUCAUUUUCCUGCAUUUUCUCACUUGUUUCAUCUGGAGUCUCUAAUGGGGGUGGCUCGGGUGUCACCAUCGUAAUAUAGCCCUCAAGUAAAGCUUUCUUGUCACCCGAUUUCUCCAGAUUUGCUUCGAUUUUCUGACGAACUCCCUUAGAUAAUUGAAUUUUUGUUAACCCUUCACUAUUUACUUUUACGUGCUGCGCUAAUUCCACGAGUGCUUCCAUCGUGAGUCCACAAAUUUCCGACUCUAGCUUCAGCUAUAACACUUCAAUUUCCUCGUCAGCUUCCGCCAUAGCGAAGUAUCAAAAGAUCACACAACGUACACGCAAAAAUCCCUUACAAACACGACCAAAUUUUACUUAAUUUUUCUAAAAAUUCGUAUUGUUUACUUCCCAGUACCAACACCGUCAUAUUCAGCAGAAAAUCCGCAUUUAACAAGCCUUCAAAACCGUAUUUUUACAACUAAAACGACAGAAUAUAAACCCGUACUCAUGCCUUGACGAAAUAUAUCCACAUCUUUGCACAGUAUUUUCAACGUUAAAAUCCCUUUGUGGGUCCUGGCAGGAUCGCCAAAAGGUAACCCGUGUUCCUAUCGAAUUGUAAAACCGGUUUAUUCAUAUAACAACUUGUUUUAUUCACAUAAUUUCGCUUUAAAAUAUAAAACUAAAUAUUCACCCAAAGGCUAUCGUUUCAACUUCGAGCAUGCUGCUCUCUUCACUUCCUGUCAUGUGACACAACGGAACUAAGCUAAACUAAAGGGGGGAGGGGUAGUACUUUAAAACCCCUAAACGUCUAUACCCCUCACAAUAGCAGUUUGAACGCGGCUUUUGUAUAAACACAAGGAAAAAUCGCAGUCUAGCUAGACUAGCGCUAUUUAGUAUAAUAUAGUAAUAAAUCCUCCUAUAGGAACACCAUACGCUUUAUAUUUUCAGUUCGUAUUUUCCGUAUUUAUAUAGUAUACAUGCACAUAGAUUGAUCAACCGUUUAGAAAAUGAAUUACUGUUGUAAAUUUCUGUAUAUGCGCCGAUAGUUGACGGACGUCUGUGUUUUGCGUUAAUACACAGACUAAUGAUCAGACCUACUCCCUUCCCAAGUUUGUCCAGUUUCCAGACGGUUAUUAUAGGGACUUUCAGAUUGACGUCUUUUCACGAAUACCUCAAACGGCUAGCUAUCGCGUGACUACAUUCCCGCGAUGGAUUUUCUGUAAAUUUUCAGGUUUCCAACUUGAGCAAAUUGUUUUGACCUAUACAGAAAAUAUCAAGCUUUAUCAGACAGACAGAUAGACUUUAUUUAAACACGCUGACCCCGUCAACCGAAGCUGAUUUCCACGAGGGGCGUGCGAAAAGUAUACAGAAAAGAAUUUUAAAACUAUUUACAAAAUUAUAUAAGAUAUAUAGUAUUAGUUAUACUUGAGUCAAGGCGAGUCUCAUUGAAAGCAAUAAGAUCAAUGAAUUUGUUUGACAUUGAAUACCUUAUUUCAUCAAUAUUUUUUGGCAAACUAAAAAUGUUAAGAAAAGCCAUUUUAAAACCUCUUUCAUUGGGAAUGGAAUUAAGGCUAGUGAAAAAAUCGCUACUCACAUUGUUUACGGAAAUAGGACUAUCUAAUUCUUCAUUAUUUGAUUCACAUAUUUCAAGUACAUUGUCCAUUCUCUGUUCCGAUGUCCACGAGCUUGGUGAAAAAACUGCCUGUUAUUACCUACUCUAAACGAUUUCAGAUAUGUGCAGAAAACACUCCCUAGCACCCUAUUACCUUGUUGGUUUAAGUGCAAAUUAGAGCGAUUUAGUAACGACCUGUCAAUGUGGUCAUUAUCUAAAAAUGUGGUAUUAUGUUUCAUGCAUAAGUUUUUAACCAAGAUUUUAAAGCGAGUUAUCUUGCUAGCCGGAACUCGGUUAUCAUACCUUUUAAUUACACUUGAGAUGGCAAUUUUCUUGGCGUGAUCUUUGAGGUCUUUGAUAAGCCCAUCCAUCUUAGAUGCCACUUCUUCUGGCUCUUCAGAAGCGAGGUUAUUGGUGCCCACGUGAAGGAGAACUGUGUCAUACUGCUCCCCUUCUGACCAAUAUUCUUUAAUUUUAGAACUGAUUUGUUCCACUCUUGCGCCGCUGUAAGAGUGGACGACUGAUUGGCAACCUGCAGCUCGCUCAAUUUUCACCCGAUCGAUGUGUUUCACCAUCGAGUCGCCGAUUACCAGGACUUUUUAAAUUUCUUUUCCUUUUUCGGAUCCGGUCCUCUUUGCAUGGACAUGGUUCUUCUUUUCCUUCUGCUGCGCAUGAGUUUGGUUUUUUUGGUUUUCAAACUUCGAUUGUGCCUUUGAGUUAUAUAGUAUUAUUAACUGGAAUAAAUGCUUGUAAUAUUAUCUUAACUUCAUAUUGCACCAAAUUUGAAAGACGAAAAACGCAAAACUAUCUCCCUCCUCUGCAGCCCUUGGAUAUGCCUUAUCCAAAAGAAGGUCGAAAGAAUGCUUAAUUGACGAAAUAAUGCUAGAUCGUUGAUUUCCUCUCCGCAUUUUGAAAAACCUGCUCCGAACUUUCCCAGAAAGUGUAUAAUACCAAGACGCUGAUACCAGUAACAUAAUAUUGUACAUAAUAGUACCAGUAACAAAAUCUACAAAAGGUUAUAUUGUUUAAGGUUGAGAAAUAUCAUGACAUUUCAACAGAGAAAUGACCCGCCGAAGUUGUACUUCGACAAUAACCACAUUGAUCAACACUCAACACAUUUUUUUACAGACACUGUAAUCGAGAAUAUUGAUUAUUAGAAGCGCAGAGAAGGUUGUAACCCAAAAUUGCCACAGAUUUUCUACGCCAGGGUUGUACUAGCUUUCAAAAAAAAAUUGUGGAGGCGAAUUUGUGUGAUGAUUUUUGUUUAGAAAGUGUUUAGAAAGUGUCGCACAUAAUGUGCAGUAGUGUUUACCUCACACCGUAUCGAAUUUCAAAAGCUGGUAUUGCCUAAUUGCCCAUCCUUACUGUUAUUCUGUGUUGCUUUAGCUCAGCGAUUAAAGCCUCUACCAAUGGCCUCUACUGAGGAGAGAGUACAGCUGUCAAAACAAGAAGGGGGUCUAUACUCUAAACCAUCUAUGAUUUUGUACUUCAAUCUCGAUCUUCACAAAAUUUAUUGCUUCUGCAGGACCGGUUGUUCAAAAGGUGAUUAGCGCUAAUCCUGGGUUAACUUAAAAUUCAAGCAUACUUCCUAACAGCUUGUUUUUAAAUUUCGAAAUAUUUCUGCACAAAUCAUUUCUGGAUCAAUAGGAGUUUUCUUUUCUGACUUUUUGAAAUAAAUGGACAUGCGGAAAUAUGCAAACUAAAACAGUGGGUUAAAUUUUAACCCUGGGUUAACGCUAAUCCACCUUUGAACAACUGGUCCCCGGGCGUCUAAACUCAAACUGCAUCUCUAAUGUCUUAUUCUUUUACCUAUCCAUCACUAGAUCUCAAGGGAUAUCCAGUAAAUGUUGCAAUCUCCGCUGAUGAUCGCCAUGUUGUGUCGCUAUCGUCAAAUUCCUCGUCAUCCUCGAUAAAGGUAUGGUAAUGGC